AUGGAGGCCGAGCGCCCCCCGGCGCCCGGCCCGAGCUGCGGGCACCCCCUGCCCCGCGGCGCCGGCCCGGAACCCGCGGCCGCGCCUGUGUCGGUGCCUGCGCCGCCGCAGGGCCCUGCCGUGGGCGGCGGCUUGGCGGGCUCGGAGUUCGCUCCUGCGCAGGAGCCAGAGCCACGGGCCCCCGGGACGUGGGCGGGGGCGGCAGCGGCAGCUGGGCCCCCGACGCCGUCGGCGCACAUCCCGGUGCCAGCGCACAGAGUCCCCCGAGCAAAAGCCCGGCUGGAUGAGGUCAUGGCUGCCGCAGCCCUCACAAGCCUGUCCACCAGCCCCCUCCCGCUGAGGCCCCCAGCUGCAGCCUUCAGCACAGAGGCCUGCUUGGAGCCCUGGCCUGAGACCCUGGUGCAGCCGGCAGGCAGCUACAGCAGCAGCAGCAGCAGCGGGGACUGGGGCUGGGACCCAGCCAGUGAGCAGUCCUCUCCCUCUUCCCCAUCGCCCCCUCUGCCCCCCGAGGCAGCGUUCCUGUUCGGGGAGCCUGCCCCUCGGAAGAGGAAAAGCUCAAUGCAGGUCCUGUUCCAGUGUCUGUGGAAGCGCUGUGGGAAGGUGCUGAGCACGGCCUCCGGGAUGCAGAGACACAUCCGCCUGGUGCACCUGGGGCGGCAGGCAGAGUCAGAGCAGAGUGAUGGCGAGGAGGACUUUUACUACACGGAAUUGGACAUUGGUCUGGAGGUGCUGACCGAUGGGCUGUCCAGCCUGACCCCAAUGUCCCCGAUGGCCUCCCUGCCACCCACCUUCCCCCACUUGGAGCUGCCGGAGCCCCCAGCCUUGCCCAGCCUGCUGCACCCGCUGACCUUACCCCCACCCCAGGUGUGCCACAGCGACCACUCCUACCAGGGCUGCCUGGCACCCACCCAGCUGCAGCCACAGCCCAGCCCAGCCGGAGCCUGUGUGUCAGCCUUACCCUCCAAGCUUACUGCCAACCUGAGGAAGCCCCGAGGUGACGCCAAGAAGUGCCGGAAAGUGUACGGCAUGGAGCGCCGGGACCUGUGGUGCUCGGCCUGCCGCUGGAAGAAGGCCUGCCAGCGCUUCGUGGCCUGAGCGCCGUGGCCUGAGCCCCUCCGGGGCCGCUCCCACCUGCAGGCUCUGCUUUCUUAGUGGGGGAGGGGCGUCAGUGACCCUGGAUCCCCAGAGGUGGGAGAGGUCCCACCACUCAAAGUGCCUCUGAAAAAACCAGGCUUUUGCACUAAAGCCACACCAGGGUCCCUAGGGUGGCCGCCCUCCCUGCCUGUCCAUGGACUUGUCAAGGGUGCUGAUGGGCCCGGCUUUGAGGCCACGUGGGAGCCAGACCUGGAUGCACUUUGAGGGGGGUCAGGAGGGGCCUCCCCCACCGCACUUAUCCUGAUGGUUCAAGGGCCCUGGGGCUGACAUUUGUACCAUUUGUGAAGCUCAGGUGUCUUGCGUCUGGGCUGUGCCAGGCGAGGAGAAAAAUUAAAGA